ACACCGUGCUCACAGUAUCACUUAACCCUUCAUCCAACAGACUGACGGCAAUCAUUGGUUUUAAAGCAAUAUAAAGCGAUGGAACAUCUUCAGUUAGCAUCAGUUGAUCAUAGUUUCCUGUGGAAUUAAGAUGUUACUGUGUCUGUUAAUAUUGGUGAGCGUUGCAGUUCCAUCUACUCUGUCUACAUCAGACUUGCCGAUACCAACAGGUAUUCCCUACAGGGCACGAAUGCUACCGUACGAGAGAACAUCUGUAGACGAUUGCGAGUUGCGAUAUUUUAGAAGUGUUUACCCGGAUCAGUUCAUUUCAUCCGGAUCGCCAGCAUUUCCUGGUGAGUUUGCUCACAUAACGGCUAUCGGUUGGACACAGCCAGACGGUACCGUUCAGUGGAAGUGCGGGGGAUCGUUGAUAUGGGAGAGCUAUAUUCUCACUGCAGCACACUGCUACGCCGAUCCGGACACAAAUCUUCCACCGGAUGUAAUUCGAAUAGGUGAUCUCAAUCUCUUUGACGCUGACGAUGAUGAAUUUGUACAGGAGAGGAAAAUCGUACAAAUGAUACGACACCCGCUGCACAAUGCAUCCACCGUUUACUAUGACCUUGCGCUGUUGAAGCUGGAUAAAAAAGUUAUCCAAAGCGAAGGAGUUAUCCCAACCUGUCUGUGGUUGGACGACAGCAUACCGUUCUCAACGCUUGAGGUUGCUGGAUGGGGUCAAACCGGAUUUGGUAAGGAGAAGUCAAAUAUGCUUCUGAAAGCAGAGCUGAAAUUGAUGACAAAUACAGAUUGUGCAAAGUAUAACAAUAAACGCACUCAACGUCGACUGGGUAGUGACCUAGCUGAUCACCAACUGUGCGCCUGGGAUGAGGUAAUGGACACAUGCCCGGGAGAUUCUGGAGGACCGCUACAUUAUAAUCUGUACUAUAAGCACACGAAAAUUCCGUUUCUUGUUGGGGUAACGUCGUUUGGUAAGGCGUGCGCAGUUUCGCAGCCCGGUGUGUACGUAAAGGUUGCUAAAUUCAAACAAUGGAUAAUAGAAACGCUACAAGAGCAAGGUGAACAAGUGACGGCCUUCAUGUUCGAGCCGCUGGCCUGCGCUUCAAGAAAUUCCUAUACGCGAGCAACAUUUGAUCGAAAAUUCGAUGAAAGGAUGUAUGUCACGAGUGUUCAAAUGCUGUGGCCGCAUCAACCACCUCCCGACGCAUGUGCUGGUAUUCUAGCAGAACCUGAUGCAGUUGUAACAUUGGCGCAAUGUGUCACCUUCAAUGGGACUUAUCCAUCCCGUGUGAAGUUGUUUGAUUCGGAAGUGAUUGAUAUAACGGAAAUUAUUGUGCAUCCAAACUACACAAAACAAGCGGACCGCAUCUACAACAAUAUUGCAGUUCUUAAGCUUAAGACCUUCUCACACUUUCGCCCACAGUGCAUACUCUAUGGUUUUAGCGAUUAUAAUAAGUAUCAAUUGCCUGGUUUCACCCCGGUUUCACAUGGCAACAAUCACCUUGAAGUUAUUCGCAACGAUGAUCCAGCGCUUGUGAAGGUCAUGUUAUAUGAAAAUCAGACGUGCAAUCUGACUUCCCGAGGCCUUCAAGACGAUCAUUUUUGUUUUGGAAACAAAGAGUUUCUUGUUCCGGGUGCGUGCAAUCUAGUUCUGGGUGGUGCAAUUUAUAAUUUGGUAGAGCAGCAACCGUAUGGAUUGCAUCUUUUUGGGCGUGAUUGUGUAUUCGGAGAACCUUCGGUGGGUUUACGGCUUGGAUUCUACAAACCAUGGUUGGAGUCAAUCUUUCUGCCUAAGAAAAGCAAUGGAGAAACUUCCCACACUUCUGAUGUACUGACUUUCAUUGACACAGACCUGUUUAGAGGUUAUCGAUGCAGCUACUCAAAUGGAGACGUGGGUAUAUGCGUGCCGGUUACCGACUGCUCUUCUAUACUAUAUGUGGAAAAGAUGCAAAGGAGAGUUAUUUUUUGCAGAAGCACUGGGGUGAUCUGUUGCCCAAGCAAGCUUCUGACAAGACACCCAUCUGAAAUAGAGACAGAAUUUAACGAUUGUGAAGCACGAUACCAACACUUGAGGAAGGAGCGAGGGGAUAAAUGGAAAGCAGAUAAGUCGCUUCAGUAUUCACACACGGCUUCGAUAGGAUGGCAUCAAGAGACAGGUUUGAAGUUCGAAUGCUUGGGAUAUCUCAUCAGCACCCGCGGUGUAGUAACGGCCGCAUCAUGUUUGCAGAAGCAACCUACCGAUCCAACGAUUGUACGUCUGGGCGAGCAAGGAUGGAACAGUGAGCAGGCUAAUCUCAGUUAUGGACUGAUUGAAGUCACAGCUAUCCAUCCAUUGUAUGAUGAAUCAUCGUUAGAGCACGACAUUGCGGUGAUAAAGCUAAAGGAAGCCAUCACACCACACGUACACUUGUUUCCGGCGUGCUUGUGGCAAAAUACAACCCAUUUACCAGUGACACAAAUCAUACUAAAUAAUGAGUCUGGUGAGUUUGAAGACAUACAUCCGUUGUACAAAACGGACUGCGAAAAACGGUUAAAUCUCUCAAUAACCAAACCGGAAAUAGUUUGCAUGAAUGUUGAUUAUGAACCCUGUACGUUAACAAAUCGAGUGUAUCUUGAGUAUUCAUUCCUGAAUUGCCUUAAGAUACAUCAGGAUAAGGUUACAACUGUUGUUAGCAACCGUCAUUGCUACCAAGCAGGCAAUCCAAUAGUAUGGAGAGAAGAAUACGAAACCGAAGAGCCAACAGAUUAUCUGGUUAGCUUAUACAGUCAUGGGGACUGCAAUGCCCAAAUCUCCUUGCGCAUUGUUCGACGUGUUGCGUUCUAUGUUGAAUGGUUUGCCAAAGUGCUCAAAUAAAAAGAGAUAACAAUAGAA